AUGGCUGAAAGAGAUGCUGCUAUUCAAGAAAGAAAUUUGGCCCUUUCCGAGAAAAAGACUGCCUUGGCUGAGCGAGACAUGGCUAUGCUACAACGAGAUUCAGCUAUUACUGAAAGAAAUAAUGCCAUUAUGGAGCGAGACAAUGCCAUUGCCACUCUUCAGUAUAGGGAGAACUCCAUGAAUAGUGGUAAUAUGUCUCCAUGUCCACCGGGAUGCCAGAUCGCACGUGGGGUGAAGCACAUGCAUCACCCGCAACAGCAUAUACAUCAUCAACCGCAAUUGGGCGAAGCUCCAUACAAUAACAAGGAUAUGCACAUAAAUGAUGCCAUCCCAAUGUCACCGGUUGCUCCGGAACCUGCAAAGUCCCGACGAACUAAACGAACAAAGGAGGUGAAGGCAACAACAUCCAACAAGAAGGCUUCAAAACCGUCAAAGAAGGUUAAAAGGGAAGGUGAGGACUUGAAUAAAACAAUGUUUGGUAAGUCACAUGAGUGGAAGGGUGGGCAGGAAAUGGGGGGUGGUGGCGGACAAUUGGGUUUAUCGAAGCCGGAUUGGAAAGAUCAAGACCUGGGACUGAACCAGGUUGCAUUUGAUGAUUCAACCAUGCCAGUGCCAGUUUGCUCAUGCACUGGAUUCCUAAGGCCGUGCUACAAAUGGGGAAAUGGAGGUUGGCAAUCUUCGUGCUGCACGACCACCAUGUCGAUGUAUCCACUGCCAGCAGUACCUAACAAGCGUCAUGCCCGAGUUGGUGGUCGGAAAAUGAGUGGGAGUGCAUUUAAUAAGCUGAUUAGCCGUCUCGCUGCAGAAGGCCAUGAUCUGUCGAAUCCAGUUGAUCUUAAGGACAACUGGGCAAAGCAUGGAACAAAUCGCUACAUCACCAUUAAGUAA